UCAUCUCGAUCUCAGCUCAGCUAGGACGUGCAUCGCUCGAGCGCGCGAAACUCGAGUCAAGGAUUCUUUCAGUUUCAGUGUCUUUGGAGAGAAAUUCACUUGAUGUCGUGAUGGCUGAUGUGCUCCUGAGAAGUAAGAGAGUGAGGCGUCCCAAGCUGUCGCCAGACUUUGUCUAUCAAUCACCGAUGGCUCCAACAAAGAAAAGUAAACUUGUGAUAAAUGAAGGUGCUAUGAACAGUCCAACUUCUCACACUCAAGAAGAAGGGAGAGGAUUCCAUGAGCUUUCAGCUGAAAUGAUUCUUCAAGUCCUGAAGUAUUUACCCAUCAAGGGCCUUGUUGCAGCUAGUGGUGUGUGCAAGAAAUGGAGGAAACUCUGCAAGGGGGCAUCACUGUGGAAAUGUGUGUCAUUUGAAGGAAGUGAAGUUGAUAGACUACGACCACAUUUCUGGAAGAGACUUGGAAAACUUGGUACAACUUGCUUGGAUCUUCAUGACUGUGUCAACCCGGAGACAUCUAAUAGGAAGGCAAUAAACUACAUCAUCCAGCUGACCAAUGUCAAGGCACUCUACUUCGGGGUCAUCGAGAAAGGAGACCUCACAACUAUAGUUGUAAAGAUGCCUCAACUCAAGAUUCUUCAUGUGGCAUGCCUCCUACCGCCACUGUCAAGAAACUCUAACAGGAUCUUGUUGAGAGAGGAUGGAGCUAUACUGUAUGACAUUGGUAGGAUAAGGAUUCUGAAGGAUCUAGAGGAGUUGAAGCUGAGUUCUAUCUACGGUGUGUGUGUGCCUUCUAUAGCAUUCUACGGAGGAACACAGGCCUUAGGAGACCUCAAGAAACUUAAGAAGCUGAUACUAACCAACUUUGAUGGGCUAAGUAGUGCUUAUAUGUGUUUUUUAAAGGACCUACCAUACCUACAACAUUUGGAGCUGGGUAAUUGUUCAGACUUCGAAUUGCAUGAACUUGCCUCUUUAAGAAAGGUUGAAAACCUCAAGUCUCUGAGUCUCACGAAGGCUCAUUGCAUGUGUCCUGGGGUUCCGUGUACAUGCAUAGGGACAUAUCUGAGAGGGUUAAAAAGGUUGAGAAAGCUGUCCCUGAUAAUGUGUCGCAUACCAGACGAUUUGGCUGAGUCGAUUCAAGAAUUACCAGAGCUGAAGAGCUUGGAGGUUUGGCCUUGUUUAGACAAGUUCCUCACCUCUCAGGAGCAAGUUGUUGACUGCUUUAUGUCCAUCUUCCGUGGCUUAGAGCACCUACACUCAAUCACUAUCGGCAUUCUGGAUAAUAGCUGUAUACCUAGUCCUUUAUGCAGUCCUUACAACCAGAUUGUUAACGACAGGCUGGCUGAUAGAACAAAAGAUACAUGUUGCUCAAGAUUCUCCUGUAACGAUGGGUGGACAGAGGAGGGAGGUACCCUAGAUGAGUCUUUGGACCAGUAUGAACAACCCCUAAUAAGUGGUGAUGAAGUAAGUGAGACGGGGGAAGAGAUGAUGAACAGUGAGGAGGAGGAAUGCUCUGGUGCAAUUUCAAACAAACCACAGGAUAGCCAGCAAGAGAAAGAUAGAACUACUGUAUCAAGAGAAAGGAAAGGCCAAAGAAGAGGAAUUAAGAGAAGGAAAAAGAAAGAUCCUAAGAUGGGAACAUAUGACAUGAUCAAAUAUGGUUUGAUCGACCUCUUGCCCUCAACUCGAUUGACCUUUUACCUGGUCAAAAUGAGCAGGAGUAGAGGUGAGGAGACAGAGAUGUUCUACAUAUCAAGAAAAGAAGAACAUUUUAAUAUGGCAGUACUAUCUCAAAUAUGACAUGAAUGAUAUUUCUAAAGCAAAUCUCACUGAAUUGCCAAACUGAUGCCUCAGGAAUCUCUUCCUUGUGUUGUUGUAUUUGUAUUACCUUGUACUUUAAUGUUUGACUUUUGAAACAAAGCAGCUGAGUGGGGUCAAAACCUGUGAUUUUUGUCCCGCCUGCGUAGCAAAAAGCGAGACAUAGGGUGUUUUAGUAUAAUUUUGAAAGUAUAAGUUCUCAUUCAAUGAAACUUGGACUAAAG